AUGGCGACGUCAUUCUCUCCCCUAGCCAAUGAUACGUCUAUAAGCGUCCCCAUACCCCGCCUUCCAAGCGAAAUUCUCGCGAUGGUCUUCGAACACUAUGAAGAAGAGAAGCGUUUCGAUGGAUCUGCGAGCGAUGGUGUCCCUGCUUGUCUAAAAGUCACACACGUCUGCAGACACUGGCGCGAAAUCGCUCUCGGUUGUCCGGCUCUUUGGACAUUCAUCUGUUCCUUCUCUCCUCGUUGGCUAGGCAUCAUGCUUGAGAGGUCGAUGAAUGCUCCUUUGAUUGUGACGUUUAAAUCUCCGGUCCCGCUACAAAAAUGCUUGGAGCCUAUCCUUUCACAUCUAUCGCGCAUCAAAGUCCUUCAAAUUCCCUUACUAGAAUCGGAUUUCGAACCCAUCAUCCGCUUGUUAUCUUCCCAACCUGCGCCGUUACUUGAAAUAUUCGAAUUCACCAAGCCAUGGGCGUACAAUGAUCCCACAAAAAGGCUCAUAUCAAAUGCGAUCUUUCAGGGACACGCACCUCGACUUCGGAGUGUUCAUCUUGCAGGCGGUUUAGACCUGAGCUGGACAGCUCAUAUUUUCAGCGGGCUUCGAACCUUAUAUAUCAGAGCCAUAGGAGCCAACCCCGAUCAUACCAUACCGCAGCUCCUGUCAGCUCUGAGACGCAUGCCUACCUUGGAGCAUCUUACACUCGAGUGGCUUUUCAUAAUUUCCGAGGACACGGAAACGAAGCUCCUCGACAAAGUACCACUCAAUUGUUUGAAAAGUAUAACACUAGGUUCCCUCUCGAUCCGAGAUGCCGCGUCUUUCUUCGCGCAACUAGCCAUUCCCGUCGACGCCAAGAUUGCUCUUCAACUCUCACGAUUUGAGGGCCUUCAAGACUUUUCCGACCUGUUUUCGGCCAUGAACAUGCAUCCUGAUGGAUCUGGUCCCGUCUUUCGGUCCCUGCGCGCCAUCUACAUUUCGUGCCUCUCUUUGUGCGUUCAAUUUAGCACGUCGACGGCGACGCAUCAUGCAGAACCCUGGAAUACUCGUGACGAUGACAUACGGCUAUCGAUUCUAUUCACAUGCGACGUGCCCGGCGCUGAAGUCGAGCCAAGCAUCAUAUUCGAUCUUUGUCGAUUUGUCACGCAGGACAGGAUUCAAAAACUCUCGUUGUCAGGGUUUAAAUCUCCAGGUAGAGAUUUCUGGCGCGCUGGAUCUGCCUGCCUCCCGGAGCUCGAAGUUAUUCAUGUGAGGAACAUUGCCGUUGGGGGCUUAAUCGGUGCACUUGAGAUCAUUGAAGGCAAACAGAUCUCAGAUAUACUAUAUCCCUCCCUUCGUGUUCUAGAGCUCGAGGCGGUUGCCUUCACCGACUUUGACAUUGGCGAACUUUACAAACUUCACGAACUUCACGAGACGUUUCGUGAUCUCAUGAAAAUGCGAGCCAAACAUGGUGUCGGUAUACACGCCCUCCAACUCGCAGUGUGCACAAGUUUAGGUCCUGAUGAGGUGCAAGGUCUUAGGGAAGUGGUUGCGACUGUUGGUUGGGAUGAAUAUGAAGAGCCGGAAUAUGACUACAGUCAUAAUGAUUUUGCGAGAUAUGUGUUUUGA